AUGAGAACAAAAUUCGAAAGUUUACCAAAUGAAAUUCUUCUGAUUAUACUUGCUAAUUUAUCAUCGUUAGAACUGUUAACUUCUUUAUGGUCGUUAAAUAAACGGAUCGAUGUUCUGAUAUGUUCUAUUCUUUCAAGAGUUGAUAAUCGUUUAAAUAGUGGUCUUGUUAUUAUUGAACCAGGUUUAUCUUUUAAUGAAUGUCAUUCGCUAUUAUUUCAUUCAGUAUCGACACUUAAUUUUUGUAUUCAACGUAUUCAUUUUGAUGGAGCAAAUUCUAUUGCUUCUGAUUUAAGUUAUGAAUUGCUUUUUGAUAAUGAUAAAAAUAUUCUUCGCUUUCCAAAUCUUAAAUCCCUUGUUCUUACUCGAUGUUUUCUGAUAGAAUCUUUAAUUAAAAGUUUACCAUUACUUGUUAAACAUCAACUUAAUGAGCUUGUAUUAACAUUUCACGAAAAAGUGCUCAAACCGCUUCCGAAAUGCAAUGUAAUAUCAUUCAGAAAUGUUCGUACAGAAAAAAUAUUGAUUAAAUUUGACGAAUUAAUACGUCAUCUUUUCUCAAAUGAAUGUAGACUAACUUCACUCCGACUUGAUUUUGCUUCUAAACAUAAUGAUAUCGAUCAUCUUCAAUGUUUAAAACCUCAUGAUAAUCUUUCUUCAGGUUCAAUGAUUGCUGAUAAAUAUAAAUUUUGUUGUUCCACUCUUCGUCGCUUACAUAUUCAUAUUACACAUACAUGUUUUUUUGAGCAUCUUAUUGACUAUGUUCCUGCGCUUGAACAAUUAUUUGUCUUUUCGGAACAUUCAUCGAACAUUAAACGGCAACUUACAGCGGGCAUCAACAUUUUCGUGCAAACAAAUGACAACUGGGUUAAUAAGGUACCAAAACUAGAAAGUUUUACGUUGAAAACUUCGGUUGAGAAUGAUAUAGAAUUUACUUACUUAAAAUGGAUUCUAAAUAAUCUUAACCAUAUUAAAAAAUUGAAAAUUCACCUGACUAGCGAUGGCGCUUAUGGAACUGAUGCAACUAUUUGGAAAUCUGUUGUUGAUGCGAAUUUCAUUCGUCGAUAUUGUUUACCUGAUAAAGCAUUUGAUGAACUAAGAAAAGAUGCAUUGAAUACUGUUCAAUAUGCUGAAUUUAAAAUUCCUGGUUGUCAUCGUGAUUCAAACGAAUUGAUUCGUAUUGGCAAAAAUCUUGUGCCUUUUCUUAGCACUUAUAUGGCUCAUUUACAAACGUUGUGUCUUUGGCGACCGGAUGAUUUUCCAUGGACAUCUAUUCGACCCGAUUAUAAACGAGGAUAUUAUUAUGGAGGUUUAAUUAGACGACGGUAUGAUAAGCUUCAAACACCUGAGUCGAUCAAGAAACAUGUGAUCAUUUUUGAAGAAGACCUUUGUGAAUUAGUCGAACAAAUGAAAGAUCUUAUUUUUCUCGAUAUUCAUGGUGAAAUUCAUGAAGAAAAAGUCGAACCUUAUCGGUCUGUGGUACAAGCUAUUUUCCCUUAUAAUCGAAGUGACAUUGAGAUGUUUCGAUUUCGUCUUUGGCUUUAA